UUGUGAUUACGCGCGUCAUAUGAACUAGGCGGUGACUCAAGGUCACGUUUAUCAAAAAUGGAUAAAAGUUCUACUUCUCAGGGUCGGGUUCGUUACAAAAGUCUCAGUGGCGAGAAGUAUAUGGUUGUCUGGGACAAUAGCAAGGGUACUGAAAGUCCAUCCUCAUUUCUACAUGUUGAAGAAUUAUCUGAUCCAGAUAAAGCUUACAGAAUAUUUUUAAAAAACCAUACCUGUUAUGAUUUAAUCCCAUUGAGUGCUAAACUGGUGGUUUUUGAUGUCACCUUAAAUGUGAAAAAAGCAUUCUUUGCUCUAGUUUAUAAUGGCGUACGUGUUGCUAUCUUAUGGGAUUCAACUGAACAAAAACAUAUUGGCAUGUUAACAAUUACCGACUUUAUACGUAUCCUACACCAGUAUUAUCGAUCGCCAGAUCAACCAAUGACUGAGUUGGAAAAACAUCAGAUUAAAACAUGGAGAGAUCAAUUAACAGAAUAUCAACGUUCAUUGGUUUAUAUCACACCUGAAAGUACUUUGCUAGAUGCUGUCCGUAUGCUACUUAAGCAUAAAGUACAUCGUCUACCGGUGAUUGAUUCUGCCAGUGGGAAUCCUUUACAUAUAUUGACGCAUAAACGUGUUCUUAAGUAUCUACAUAUUCAUAUAUCUGAGUUACCAACACCUUCUUUUAUGUUGAAAAAGCUACGUGAUUUAAAUCUUGGUACAAUGAAAAAUGUUUGUAUUGUUCAACAGAACUGUCCAGUGCAUAAAGCGCUACAGCAUUUUAUUGAUCGUGGAGUUUCAGCACUGCCUGUGGUCGACCAAGAUGGACAACUUGUGGAUAUCUAUGCAAAAUUUGAUGUCAUAAAUUUGGCAGCUACAAGGACAUAUCAAAAUUUAGACAUUACCGUAUAUGAGGCUUUAAAUUAUCGACGUGGAAAAUUCCAAGGUGUUGCCACAUGCCAAAUGGAUGAUACUUUGGACAUAAUUGUGAAUAAAAUUGUCGAUGCUGGGGUGCAUCGUCUUGUAGUAGUUGCUGAAAAUAAAGUAUUAGGCAUUGUAUCAUUAUCUGAUAUUCUACGAUUUUUAAUUGCUGAACCAACAGUAGUCAACAAGGCGGUGAAAUCACCUUUGACACCGUGAAUACAAAGGGAACACUCACUCUUACACACAGACACAUGCACACGCUCACGUACAUGUUUUGUAUACUGUAUUCUGUAGUGUAGAGCUCAACGAAUAACGAUGAUGACAAUAAUAAUAAUUAUAACACGAUAUUUUCUCUCUCGCGCGCUCAGGGUGUACUCACCUCCUUCCGCUUCCCACCCCACUAUUUCCUCUGCUCAUGAAUGCCUCACCCCAUCCCCCAGUUUACACAAUGAUUGUCACAAUCAGCAUUACCACCCGUCUUCUUAUAACAUAUACAUAUAUGUGUAAUGGAAGUAGGUGUUUAUGUUUUUUUUAAAAUAUCGACCCUUCUAUUACUACACAAUUGUCAUCAUCACCAUUUGACCUUCACCUCCACGCCCAUGUUUUUUUAAAACUUUGGAAUUCCUUUUUUUCUGUACACAGUUUAUAUUUAUUUAUUCAUAUUAUUAUUACUUGACGCCCCUUUUUUAUUGUUCCAGCUGACUUACUACUUUACAUGCUUUUUUUAUCGAAUCUUCUAUCGGUUACCUAGGCAACUUCAGUUGACACAGAGAUUCGCCUUUUUUAAAAAUUAUAUCUUUAAUACUUCUUUGUAAAUUACACUUUAUUCUCCCAAUAAUAAUAAUAAUCAGGGAUAAUAAUUUAUUGGUAAUCGAUAAA